AUGGACUCUUCUUCUAAAAAUUCUCCUCCCAACCCCGAAACUCCUCCUCUCAAACCUGAAUCUCCUCUUCCCAACCCUGAAAUUCCUCUCACUAUCACCAAUGGUGCAAACAACAAUGCACUCGUCCCCCACCGAAUGAUUCCUGACACCUCUAGCCCUACUGUGUCCAACUUCCUUUCUAUCAAGCUGGACAGAACCAAUUACCCUCUGUGGCUGGAACAAAUACAGCCGCUUCUAAAGAGUCGAAAUUUGAUGUCGUAUGUUGAUGGAACCCUAGGUUGCCCCCCGUGUUUCCAAAUCGAUGCUGAAGGAAAAUUGACUGAUGAAGUCAAUCCUGCGUAUCAACAAUGGAUAGCUAAUGAUCAGAUGGUCCUUGGGUGGAUCAACAACUCUUUGACGCCUCCCGUCUUGGCUACAGUCGCUUGGUCCACUAACUCCUUCUAUAUAUGGAGUUCUUUGGCAAAACACUUUGCCUCUCAGUGCCAGAACCGGAUCCUGCAACUUCACGGAGAGCUACUCAGGACCAUGAGGGGUAACAUGUCCAUCUCCGACUUUCUUGAUAAAGUUAACUCUAUCGCAGAUAACUUGGCACUUGCAGGAAGCCCCACAAGUGACAAUGAUCUCGUAUCCAUCAUCAUGAACAAUGUUGGACCACUCUAUGAGAAUACAGUCAGCUCUGCUCAAGCACGAGACACUCCCAUCACCUAG